GUAAUGACUGAAUUGACCGUUCAUAGUCGUCCAUCGGAGGCCCACGAUCCACCAUGUAUUGCAAGCCAUAACUCAUUUCCGCGGCUUCUGAAUCUCACCACCAACGGACUCAUUCUACUACAUGCUCGUUCCUUCUUUCGGCCUUUACUAAAGACUUUGCACCUUAAGGCUUUCACUGGUUCGGCUUCAAUAUGGCGAGAUCUGCUGGAAGCCCUGGCACAGCUGGCAUGUCUGGAGAGCCUUAUGAUAGAAAGUAAAUUCCAAGACAUACCCAACGGUGUACGACACUGCACGGACGCAGUGUUAGAUCAUCCUGUUGGGCUUCCCAAACUGCGCUUCUUGCGUACUGACUGCGGUGAAGUCGGCUGGAAAACUGCCCUACUGCUGAAUAACCUCGAUUUCCCGACACACACAAGGCUCCAUAUCAGUUAUAAUCAGGUGGCCGCUGCAGAAAGCAUGGUCAGGGGGCAUAGUGCGAGUGAAGAGCGAUCUGCUCUCUCUCGCACGUUGUCAUCCAAGCUCUCUCGUCGCUCUCAAUCCCGGACUGACGCACUGUCCAUCCAGACACUACACAUCUUGGCUGACGACCACAUCGAUGGCAUCUGUAACGUCGAGGGAUGGGAAGCUCUAUGUCCACCAGACAUUCUGUGCCGAUCGGGCCCCUUCGCAUUUGCAGACUGGAAGUCCUUGCCAAGCUCUUCGCCGCCGCCAGCGAUCACGCUUCAAUCGUGCGUGGAUAGCAUAUUUGCGCACUUCGACGAGUUGGACGCUUUCAGACAUGUGGAGGCCCUGAAGCUCACGAGCGGACCGAUGCAGCGCGUCCGUGCGGGUAUUGCCAACCUGCCAGUACACUCGGUAUUUGGUCUUCUGAGCAACGUCCGCACUCUGUCGGUCAAAGGAUGGCUCGCAAGGAACGUGCUGGACGCCAUGAAUCCGGCGAACACAGGAGAAUUGAUGCUUCCCUCGGUAAAGACGUUACAUAUCCAGACUUUCAAGUUCGGCCUCGCCGAAUCGGGUCUGCCUCUGUCUCGCGUGCUGCAACGCCGUGCAGAGAUUGGGCACCGUUUGGAGAAACUCGUAUUAUCGGACUGCAUGGGCGUUAAAGGGUCGGAGUUGGAGGCUCUCAGGCAGGACGUCGAGGUGGUUUGGGAUGGUCGUUGGUUACAGGGAUAGGAGUACAUGAGAUAUCAUGUUGACUGUGACCCAAAUGAACAAUUUCAUUCUUGCUCAGAGCUUCCUCGAAUAGUGGCGUGCAACCAGAGCUACACGCAGCCACUCAGCAAGCCUAGUGGUCUCCAAUAUCACAGUUAAACUCAGGAAACUCCAUAUUCAAUGGCCACCUAUAGUUGCGCUAAUUAG